AGGUGCUGUUCCUACAGGAGGUAAUCUCACACUCACACACUUCGGAGUGACUGCCGCCACAGAUAGGCGGAGGCGAGACCGGGGCUCAGUGAAGAGCAGUCCAGAUGGCAGGCCGCUUCGACAUUGCCUGCACUCAACACUCGCUAUAGGAGCAGCGAGGACCACACUUUACGUGGAGACAGUGCACAGGACAGUUGCCCAUGAGGUCGUUGACGCUGGCCCUGGUGUUUUUGAUCAUUGUCCAAGCUGUGGAGCAGAUAAAGGGUGAUGCCAAGGCCGGAGAGGAACAGCACACCCUGGAUAAUUUGGACAUUCCACCAAUUGGGAUGGCAACAAUGGCACAGCAAAAUGAAAGGACUGCUUUUGCCUCCCAGCUCCAUCACAGCCAACACGAAAGCCAUACUCAAAGAGAAAAGCAGCCACUGAGCUGGAGUCCUGACCCCCUCACAAACACAGUCACUACGGUGGAUGCCAGACUCUUUACCAAGAGACGAUACCGUUCGCCAAGGGUGCUCUUCAGUUCUCAACCUCCAGAAGAUGAUGAAGCCAUAGACGAUGUCCCUGGGAUGCCAGGGUCAAGAGUAAAGCGUCAUGCAACUCCAGCUUUGCACCGUGGAGAGUAUUCAGUGUGUGAUAGCAUUAGCACCUGGGUGGGGGACAAAACCCGAGCUACAGACAUCAAGGGGCAAGAGGUGAGUGUCCUGGCAGAGGUGAACAUCAACAACACCAUCAUCAAACAGUACUUCUUUGAAACAACAUGUAAAAUCAAGCAGGGACAGCAGUCGGGAUGCCGGGGAAUCGACAGCAAGCAUUGGAAUUCCCGUUGCAACAACACUCACACCUUUGUUCGGGCUCUGACAGUGGAAAACAAACUGGUGGCCUGGCGAUUUAUCCGCAUCAACACGGCUUGUGUUUGUGUGCUCAGCAGAAAGUCCUGGAGACACUGGCCAAUCCAUUGACCAAUAGUGACUUGUACAUCUGGACCUACAUCCGAACACUUUUUGCUCUAUAGCCUGCCAAAAGAAACAUCGAUUUGAGACCAGAAUUGACUUCUUAUUUUCUGUUUGACCAAAAAUCCUUUUCCAUGACCCUUGCCCUACCUCAGUCUGUAAAUUAUUGUGUCAAGAUGUUUUAAGUUAUAAGAGCUGCAUGUUGUAUUUAUAGUUUAUAUGUUCACAAAUUUACCGAAAGGAAAAAAAAAAACAAAAAAACAAACCAACAGAACAGAGCUUUUUGUUAUUUAUUAAAACCUUGUGUACAAGC